CCCUCAGUGCAAUUGCAACUUUAUACGAAUGCAGACGCUAUGUGGUCACGGAAUAAUAGCAAUAAGCGGCAAGUUGCCACUCUGGACACCGAUCCCGAAAAAGUUGUACGCCAGGUGGAAGAGCUAAGCAACUGGCUGGACGCCAAUCCCCACAUCAACGGAUGCAAGACAUAUGAGAAUUUACAUUUAUUUCUCCGUACCUCAAAGUAUGACAUAGAUCGGGCUAAAAAGAAACUAAGAACUUUCUAUCAGAUGAGGGCGGAGCGCCCAGAAUGGUUUGAUGAACGGGAUCCAAAAUUGCCAGAAAUACAAGAACUUUUAGAUUUGGGAGUCUUUUUGCCCAUUGGCAACGAUGUCGAGCAGAGAAUGGUUGUAGUCAUAAGAACAGCGGCCCACGAUCCCAAGAAACACACACAGAACAAUGUCUUUAAGACCAGUAAAAUGAUAUUGGAUUUGCUUCUCAAAAUGGAACCAGACAGUUGCUCGAAGGGAAUAGUGGCAAUUCUGGAUAUGCAGGGAGUUCAGUUAGGUCACGCUUUACAGCUUAAUCCCAAGCUCAUUAAACGUUCGGUGGAAAGUUGGACGGCAUAUCCUUGUCAGCCAAAACUAUUGGAAUUCACCAAUGCUCCGGGACAUGUUAAUUUCUUUUUAAACACUUUCAGAGUAUUCAUGACACCCAAAAUACGUUCGCGACUUGUAGUACGGCGUGAAGGUACUACCGUGCAGUGUGAUCAAUUGCCACCCGAAUUGGGUGGUCAGGGAUUAAGCUACAAAGAUUUGGCGGUCAAAUGGAAACAAUUAAUCGAGGAGAACGCCAACUUUUAUGUGGAGCAAAGCAAAUACAAAAGCAUUCUAAAGUGAUUUGGAGCGUAUGGACAAUGAGCGAUAAGGCAACGAUUAGUGAAAUAUGAUUAAGAGCUUAUUUUCAAUGCGCAUAUGUAUAUCUAUUGUUUUAUAUAUAGUAACUAUGUGACACACAUAGUCUUUCGAUUAUACUGGCGUUCACUUUAUGUAUCCGAAGCAAUUGCAAAGAUAUUUUAAAGUUUAUGUACAUACAUGCAAGUUUUACAAAAUGUAUUGAAACGCUAAAACUUUAAUCAACUUAAACUAAUUCGAAAUGAUCUUUUGAAUCAAUUCUAUUGAAGUGCCAAAAUACAUACAUAUG